AACCUCUUGCCAAGGACUUGGAAGGGGUGGCGGAUUCGACCGAGCCGGGAUCACCGGAAGGCUGAAACGCUUGUGUUCGGGGUGGGCCGGGCUCCGAGCCGAGCCGAGGAUGCUGGAACCUCGAACGGCUUGCGCAACCCAGGACUGGGUUUCUUCCAAAGCCCGACCGAGCGAAUAGGCGGGAAAAGGCGAACCUCGGGAAUUGGAGGUGGGAGGGGCUGGGCUCCCAGUUUCUAGAAGAGGGUGUGGCUUGAGCAGACCGCCGCUCCACGUCCAGGUUCCGAGACUUGACGGACACGCCCGAAGGAAGACACGCACUUUUGCGGAAAAGGGCGGUGCGACCGCCGUGGCGGGAGGUCUCCCUGAGGAGACGUGAUGCGGUGGCACGCACUGGCAGAGACGAUGGUCACCGAGAGCUGAGGGGGAGCUGAACAGUGGGACCUGCCCGGGAGGCGUGGUCUUGAACGGCCCUUCCGGGUGGGGCUCGACCGGGGGCGCAGGAGGAUGCUGGUGGUGGAGGUCGCUAAUGGCCGCUCGCUGGUGUGGGGAGCUGAGGCGGUGCAGGCGCUGCGGGAGCGCUUGGGAGUCGGGGGCCGCACGGUGGGCGCCCUGCCCCGCGGGCCCCGCCAGAACUCGCGCCUGGGCCUCCCGCUUCUGCUGUUGCCCGAAGAGGCCCGGCUCCUGGCCGAGAUAGGCGCCGUGACGCUGGUCAGCGCCCCGCGUCCGGAUCCCCGCAGCCAUGGCCUGGCCCUAGCAUCGUUCAAACGCCAGCAAGAGCAGAGUUUCCAGGAGCAGAGCACUUUGGCAGCCGAGGCCCGUGAGACCCGGCGUCAGGAGCUCCAAGAGAAGAUCGAAGAAGGCCAGGCCGCCAAGAAGCAGAAGCUGGAACAGGAUUCAGGGGCGGAAGAAGGCCAAGAAGCCGGUGGAAGCGAAGCCACCCAAGCGAGUGAGACAAGUGAUGAAGGCCAGGCUUCUGCGGAGCAGGAAGGAGCAGACUCUUCAUCUCCCCAACCAGGGCCUUCAAACGGGGUGACCCCCUUGCCCAGGUCAGCCCUGCUCAUCCAGCUGGCCACUGCCAGGCCGCGGCCUGUAAAGGCUAAGCCUCUGGACUGGCGUGUGCAGUCCAAAGACUGGCCCCACGCUGGCCGUCCUGCCCACGAGCUGCGCUACAGCAUCUACCGAGACCUGUGGGAGAGAGGCUUCUUCCUCAGCGCAGCUGGGAAGUUUGGUGGUGACUUCCUGGUCUAUCCUGGUGACCCGCUGCGUUUCCACGCUCACUACAUUGCUCAGUGCUGGGCUGCUGAAGACCCCAUCCCACUUCAGGACCUGGUCUCUGCCGGCCGCCUGGGAACCAGUGUCAGAAAGACCCUGCUUCUCUGCUCCCCUCAGCCUGAUGGGAAGGUGGUCUACACCUCCCUGCAGUGGGCCAGCCUGCAGUGAGCUGCAGGAGACCGAGGGAGGUGUGGCUGUGGGUCGCAAGAACCCUUCUGGAUGGUCACUCCAGCUUGUCUCCACAUGGAGGCUUGUGCCCUGCCUGGUUAGUUCUGAUUCCAGAGUUUUGAACACUACAUCCUUUCUAGUUUUUUUUCUGUUUUAAGGCACUUAGUAGCAGUGUUGUUUUUUAUUUCUGUUUCCAUACUGUGAGCUUGUUCAGAGUUGAGACUGCUCUUACUUGGCUUUUUUGUUUUCUACAGGGCAGGUCUCAAUAAAUUUGUUGAAUAAAUGUUUGUAUUUUGAGUCCUUACAGCAA